CGCACGGGCGCGUUUCCGGGGGCCGGCCCGGUGCGGCGGAGCGGCGAUGGCGGCGGGCGGGCGGCGCUGAGGGACCGGCCAUGGAGCGCGGGCCGGGCCGGCCCAGCCUGCAGCUCGUCCAGCAGGCCGUGCAGGCGCUCUACCACGACCCCGACCCCAGCGGCAAGGAGCGGGCGAGCUGCUGGCUGGGCGAACUGCAGCGCUCGGUCCAUGCCUGGGAGAUCUCGGACCAGCUGCUGCAGAUCCACCAGGAUGUGGAGUCCUGCUACUUUGCGGCGCAGACCAUGAAGAUGAAGAUCCAAACUUCAUUCUAUGAACUCCCCACGGAUUCCCACGCCUCACUCCGGGACUCUUUGCUGUCCCACAUCCAGAACUUGAAGGACCUGUCCCCGGUCAUUGUCACACAGCUCGCUCUGGCAAUAGCUGACCUUGCCCUGCAGAUGGCUUCGUGGAAGGGCUGUGUGCAGACACUGGUGGAGAAGUACAGCAAUGACGUGACGUCGCUGCCCUUCCUGCUGGAGAUCCUGACGGUGCUGCCCGAGGAGGUGCACAGCCGCUCGCUGCGCAUCGGCGCCAACCGCCGCACCGAGAUCAUCGAGGACCUGGCCUACUACUCCAGCACCGUGGUGUCACUGCUGGUGACAUGUGUGGAGAAGGCAGGCAAUGAGGAGAAAAUGCUCAUCAAGAUCUUCCGGUGCCUGGGCAGCUGGUUCAACCUGGGUGUCCUGGACAGCACCUUCAUGGCCAACAGCAAGCUGCUGUCCCUGCUCUUCGAGGUGCUGCAACAGGACAAGACCUCAUCCAACCUGCACGAGGCUGCGUCGGACUGCGUGUGCUCGGCCCUCUACGCCAUCGAGAACGUGGAGACUAACCUGCCCCUGGCCCUGCAGCUCUUCCAGGGCGUGCUCACCCUCGAGAGUGCCUAUCACAUGGCUGUGGCACGGGAGGACCUGGACAAGGUGCUCAACUACUGCCGUGUGUUCACCGAGCUGUGCGAGACCUUCCUGGACAAGAUCGUGUGCACGCCGGGCCAGGGCCUGGGCGACUUGCGCACGCUGGAGCUGCUGCUCAUCUGCGCGGGGCACCCGCAGUACGAGGUGGUAGAAAUUUCCUUUAACUUCUGGUAUAGACUGGGGGAGCACCUGUACAAGACGGACGAUGCUGUGAUCCACAGCAUCUUCAAAGCCUACAUCCAGCGCCUGCUGCACGCGCUGGCGCGGCACUGCCAGCUCGACUCCGACCACGAGGGAGUCCCGGAGGAGACCGAUGACUUCGGGGAGUUCCGGAUGCGUGUCUCGGACCUGGUGAAGGACCUCAUCUUCCUGGUGGGCUCGGUGGAGUGUUUUGCCCAGCUCUAUGCGACGCUCAAGGACGGGAACCCCCCCUGGGAGGUGACAGAAGCCGUGCUCUUCAUCAUGGCCUCCAUCGCCAAGAGCGUCGACCAGGAGAAUAACCCGACGCUGGUGGAGGUGCUGGAGGGCGUGGUGCGGCUGCCCGAGUCGGUGCACACGGCCGUUCGCUACACCAGCAUCGAGCUGGUGGGCGAGAUGAGCGAGGUGGUGGACAGGAACCCGCAGUUCCUGGGUGAAUCCGUGCUGGGCUACCUGAUGAAGGGGCUCUGUGACCGGCGCCUGGCGUCGGCCGCGGCCAAGGCCAUCCACAACAUCUGCUCCGUGUGCCGGGACCACAUGGCCCAGCACUUCUCGGGGCUGCUGGAGAUCGCCCGCGCCCUCGACUCCUUCGCGCUGUCGCCCGAGGCCGCUGUGGGGCUGCUCAAGGGCACGGCGCUGGUGCUGGCCCGGCUGCCCCUGGAGAAGAUCUCGGAGUGCCUGAGCGAGCUCUGCGCCGUGCAGGUGCUGGCGCUCAAGAAGCUGCUCUCCCAGGAGCCAAGCAAUGGCCUCUCCUCAGACCCUACAGUGCCCCUGGAUCGACUCGCCGUCAUCUUCAGACACACCAACCCCAUUGUUGAGAACGGCCAGGUCCACCCGUGCCAAAAAGUCAUUCAGGAGAUCUGGCCGGUGCUGUCGGAGACCCUGAACAAGCACAGUGCCGACAACCGCAUCGUGGAGCGCUGCUGCCGCUGCCUGCGCUUCGCCGUGCGCUGCGUGGGCAAGGGCUCGGCCGCGCUGCUGCAGCCCCUCGUCACACAGAUGGUGAAUGUGUACCGGGAACACCAGCACUCCUGUUUCCUCUACCUGGGCAGCAUCCUGGUGGAUGAGUACGGCAUGGAGGAGGGCUGCCGGCAGGGCCUGCUCGACAUGCUGCAGGCUCUCUGCAUCCCCACCUUCCAGCUCCUCGAGCAACCCAACGGCCUCCAGAACCACCCGGACACCGUGGAUGACCUCUUCCGCCUGGCAGCCAGGUUCAUCCAGCGCAGCCCCAUCACCCUCCUGCGCAGCCAGGUGAUGAUCCCCAUCCUGCAGUGGGCCAUCGCUGCCACCACCCUGGACCACCGGGACGCCAACUGCAGCGUCAUGAAAUUCCUGCGGGAUCUGAUCCACACCGGGGUGGCCAACGAUCAUGAGGAGGACUUUGAGGUGCGGAAGGAGCUCAUCAACCAGGUGAUGACCCAGCUGGGGCAGCAGCUCGUGAACCAGCUCCUGCAGACGUGCUGCUUCUGCCUCCCGCCCUACACCCUGCCCGAUGUCGCCGAGGUGCUCUGGGAGAUCAUGCAGAUCGACCGCCCGACGUUCUGCCGCUGGCUGGAGAACUCGCUGAAGGGGUUGCCAAAGGAAACCACGGGCGGAGCCAUCCAGGUGACACACAAACAGCUCACCGACUUCCACAAGCAGGUCACCAGUGCUGAGGAAUGUAAACAAGUCUGCUGGGCUCUGAGGGACUUCACCCGCCUGUUCCGAUAGCUCCGGCUCCACGUGGCACCUGUCUCCCAGGAAUGUCUCUAAGGAGAAGACAGGAAACAGCAACCCAAGAAUGUGUCCCACAAUCAGCCGAGGGCUCUCGCCCGCUCCAGCGCGUCCCGGAGUCCGGAGCCACGGGAGGGAGGAGGGCUCGGGGGUCCCGGCGGCCCCGCCUGCCCGGGGCUGGGCCACCCCUGCCCGGGGCUGGGCGCCGCCCGAGCAGCAGCCCCGGGGCAGCACCUCCGACCCGACUGCAACCCACCAGGCACCGGAGCCACGCCGAGCCACUCGGCUCCGCCCGGCAGCAAAAGAAGUAGAAAAACUUUCUGUGAAAUGGAGACAAAAAAGAAGGAAAAGAAACAAACAAAAAACAAACAGUACAAAUUGUUUAGGAAGGGGGGGGGUCAGUCUGGGGGUCCUGGGGCGCUGCCCCCCUGAGCCCACCGUGGCCUGCCUGCUGCCGACUCCCAGAGACGACACAGGCGGGACGGACUCUGCAAAUAGAGAUUUAUAUUUUAUUUUGUUCUGCUUUUUUUGUUUGUUUUCUUGUUUGGUUUUUUCUCUUUUUUUUUCCCUUUUUCGGGGUUUUUUUUGGUUUGAUUUUGGGGUAGGAGGCGGUGGCUCGAGUGCGGGCAGGGCGGGCGCAUGCGGUUCCCUCCGGGGGUGUGUAGCCAUCUCGAGAACAAUAAAAAACAACAAAAAACUGAAAAAAUAAAUUAAA